CCGUAACUUAGUUAGCUGCGAAGCUUACGAGAGAUCGUAGCGUAGGAACUCAGCCCUGUCAGCCCUAGGAGCAAGGAGAGGGUGGAUAAGGGGCCGGUUGCUGCUGAUCAGGAACCCGCUGACAGCGAUCCUGCGGCUGAUGUUGAGCAAAUUGGGACAUUGCUGGAGAAUGAGUGUGGGGAUGAGGAUUGCGGACUUGCCGAGAAGUGCAGGAAGGCUUCAACGCACUAGACCUAUGUGAUGGAACAGAAUACGCUCCUUCAGGAAUCGGUAAGUCGCCCAAUCCGGCGACUCCCCGUGAGAGCUCAGGGCCAUUGUCAGAGCUUCUGAGUGACAGAAGAUGACAGAAUACGGCCUGUUCUCUUCUCAUCUAGCAGGGUCUUGGACUAUCAGUUAAAAUGCAAUGGAUCUCCCCUGAGAGAGUAUACAACAUCGACUCACCUUCAGCCUCGUCAUCGUCUUCGCCCUCUUGAUCGAACGGAUUUAGAGAUGUAUCGCAUAUCCUCCUUUGUGGCGCUUUCUGCCUGUCUCCUGGCGCCGACUGUCGUUGCUGCUUCGAAUUCAUCUUCAGCGUUUGAUCAGGGGAAAUUCCAACCCCAAGACAUCAUCACACGAGAUGUGGCUAUCAUCGGUGGCGGCUCUGCAGGCACCUACUCCGCCAUAAGCCUCAAGGACAAAGGCAAAUCAGUCAUUGUUAUUGAAAAGAAAGACAGAAUAGGUGGCCAUACCGAGACAUAUAUUGAUCCCGCGACCGGAACUCCUAUUGAUGAGGGAGUCAUGAUCUUCCACGAUAUUCCCGUUGUACAGGACUACUUCAAACGAUUCGACCUGCCGCUCGACAAUUCUUCUGGGUUCUUUCACUCGUUGCUCAACUAUGAUUUUCGCACCGGGAAACAAGUCAAUCUAUCGUUUACUCCAUCGGAAGCGGAGAUAUCUGCAGCCUUCGCGACCUAUUCAGCGCAGAUCUCCAAAUACCCCAAGCUGGACGAUGGGAUAUUCCUCCCAGACCCAGUUCCGGAAGAGUUGUAUAUGCCCUUUGGGGACUUCGUAAAGAAGUAUGGGAUCCAAGCAGCGGUUCCCUCGAUGUACAACUAUAAUCCAGGCGUCGGAAACAUCCUGGAUAUCCCGACGCUCGAACAAUUCCGAUACUGGAGUCUGCAAUUCGUGCAGUCCUUUACGAAUGGCUUCCUGAUGACCGCCCACAGGAACGCAAGCGAACUGUACUCCAAAGCCCAAGCAGAGUUGUCUUCGUCAUCGAGUCUUCUCCUCGAGUCCCAGGUCGCAUGCGCGGAUCGAGGCGAAGACGGCGAAGGGAUCAAACUCAUUGUUAGCACUCCGAAAGGCAACAAGCUGAUUCUCGCAAAGAAGCUUCUCAUCGCUAUUCCACCAAAGCUGGACAUCGUGGCCCCGCUAGACCUCAGCAACAACGAGAGGAGUCUCUUUGGAAAAUACAUUGACGCGGGCUACUACGUCGGCAUCAUAAAGAACACGGGAUUCCCGAAUAACGCGAGCAUCUCAAACGCAGGCCCAAAUACAGAGUACAAUUUUCCUUAUCUCCCCGGAGCGUAUAGCUUCGCCCCGGCCGGACUCGACUCAUAUCAGAUGGUCACCUACGCCACGCCGCAAAGUCGCAAAUCCUUUCCCCUGGCUGAUCAGACCAUCAAGGCGGACAUAGUCCGGACUGUCAAGUCACUUCAGAAGCAGAAUCCGGACAAGUUUGCCAGCCAAGGGGAGCCGGAAUGGGUCGAUUUUCGAUCUCAUGCACCGUAUUCUCUUCAAGUGACGGCUGAGGAUAUCAAGAAUGGGUUUUAUAAGAAGUUGUAUGCUCUGCAGGGUCAGAGAAAUACGUACUGGACUGGCGCUGCAUUCAUGGCGGAGGAUAGUAGUUUACUCUGGAAAUAUUCGGAGGAGAUAGUGCUGCCACAGUUGAUUGCGAGUCUGUGAACGAAUCCUCCCUGGAUUAAGGAGGAGUUAAAUUGACACUCUGCAUUCAGGGGGCUGGUGAUGGGGCUUCUGUCUUGGAAGUAGCUGGAUUUAGGGAAUUUUGUACCCCACUAGAAAAUUCAAUUGACAUUCCUUAUUGACUAUAUCUGAGUUAGCCCAGCAAGUUAGCAUUGGAUUUUAUUUUUAGAUCUCUUGGAGGAAAGAAUAGAGUCGUAGCACGUUGCCAGAUUCAAA